UCUAACCUCACUCUCUAUUGUUCCCCUGCUGCUGCUGUUGUUGCUGUUGCCGUCGCUGCUGCUGCUGCUGGCCUGCUCCUAGCGGACACUCGUGUGUGUGUGUGUGUGUGUGUGUUCAGCCGCAGCACCACCACCAUGAUGAUGCGUGUCCUGCAGCGUGUCCUGCCCCUUGUGGUCGCCGUUGCCCAAGUCUCCUCGUCGCCACUGCCGGAGAAGUCGCCCGCCUUAGAAUUCGGCGGUUUCCAGCCUGUUCAUGGCGCCCGCGGCACGGGUCCCGCCUCAGGAUAUGGUGCUCCUCCUCUUGUACCUGAAUAUGUCCCUCCACCUCUCCUACCUGAAUAUGGAGUUCCACCUCUGUCAUCCGGAUAUGGGGCCCCUGGGGGUGUAGGUGAUGGUCAUGCUAAAACAAUUUUCGUGAACGUUCCACAUCCAGAGCCUAUUAAACCCUUGCCUCCUAUUGCGGCCGGUCCACCACGCAAGCACUACAAGAUCGUGUUCAUCCGUGCCCCUCCACCCCAGCCGCCGCCACAGCCUAUCCUGCCUCCACGUACCGAACAGAAAACUCUGAUAUACGUGUUGCACCAACGGCCUCAGGUUCAAGAGCAGAAAGUUAUUAACUUGCCACAAGUACAACACGACCCAGAGGUGUACUUCGUGCAGUAUGACAACCCUCCAUCUGCUGAGGAGCUGCAGCAGCUCUCUGCAGGCAACUUGGAAGGAUAUUCCAUAGCUACACAACGCACGGGGCAUAGUGCAGACAUCGGCUCUCUUCCACUCGCUACAGAUGGCGCUGAGUUAGACGCCGGCUUAGGUCUAGGUGCGGCAAGGGGUGCACUUUCCUCACUAUCGCCUGGGAGUGGGAUAGGUGGUGGUGGUGAUGGACAUUCCCUGCCAGGCCUGGUAGGUGCUGCAGUUGGUCACAAAAUUUCCUCUCUAUCAUCUGGGGGUGGAAUAGGUGGUGGAGGCUCUCACGCAAGCACUGUAAAUGCUGCAGUUAAUCACAAAAUUUCCUCUCUCCACGGAGGUGGGAUUGGCGGUGGAGGUUCCCUUGCAAGCACCGUAGGUGCUGCAGUUGAUCACAAAAUUUCCACGCUCUCUGGAGAUAAUACCGGCCUGGGAGGUUCUGGGCAUGGGUCGUUAUUAAGCGGAUCCUUAGGAAACCUCAAAGGGAACUUGGUGCGCCACUUAGCUAGCAGUAGCAUAUUAGGGGAUUCUGAGCCCUUUUUCAGGCCGCUUACCAAACUUUCAUCAGAUAGAGAUAUAGACAAUUCUUUUGAAAACCGCGUCGGUGUAGCUGGCAAAGAACUGACGCAGUUGCCAACCCGGACCUGAACACAGCCUACACUACCUCUCUUUCUUUCUCUCUCUAGUCUCACACUAUGGGCGGUGAUGUCUAUUAGCUCAGCACAACCCCCACCUACAUACCCUUCUCCCUGCCCCUCCGGCCUCUUCCUUUGGGAGCUAGUCAGGGGCGCCCAUUAAGUACCCAAGCCGGCAAACCAGUGGAAGGAGGUGUUGCGGGCCGUCACUGAGACAAAUUCAGUAUUGACUAAACUUAAAAUUAAGGGAAGGGCAUCUCUAACACCUGUUCCAGGUUCAAUGCCUAUAAAUUUUGUGUUUUGAUAGGUGAAUAUGGGUUUUAACUGCCACCUAAAGAAAAAUAAUAUGGCUAUUUGCUUUCAGGUCAGAUGUGGAACAGAAAUAUAUUACUGGAAUCAUUCAGAAUUAAGCAAAGUCAGAAAUGUCAAACUUCGCAAACUAUUAAUAGGUCAUCACAAACAAAUUUUGAGAAGCCCCAUUGAUUCCCUUGUCCAGGGCCACAAAAACCCUAAGGUUACUCCUUCUCUCAGGGACCUUGAGGUCAUCCUUGCUCAGGGGCCCAAAGACGCCACUGUUGUACGGAUCUUAAGGUCACCCCUUAGGAUCCCUUUUUUGCAGGGAUCCUAAGGUCACUAACAGAGACCACGAGGUCAUCCCUUUCCAGGACCGUACAGUCACUCCUGAUGCAGAUACCAUAAGGUCACCCCGACAGGAACCCUAAAGUUUUCCCUGAAUAGAGACCAAAGCCUUCCAGGUAAUUCCUGCCAGGUACAUUAAGGUCACCCCUCCUCAGGGAACACUAAAGUCGUACCUGCCGAGGAGAUACUAAGGUCACUCCUGCCCAGGAGGCAAGAAGAUCACCCCUUUCUAGGGGACACUAAGGUUACCCCUGUCAGGGAUCCUUACCUCUGCCCAGGGGACAUUAAGGUCAACCCUGCCCAGAAGGCACUGAUAUUACCUCUUUUUAGGGGACACUAGGGUCACCCUUGACCAGGGAAACUAAAGGUCACCUCUGUCAGGAACAAUAAGGCCACUCCUGUCAGGGGCUCCAAGAUCAACCCAGGCAGGGAGACUAAGGUCAACACUGACAGGGACAUUAAGGUCAACCCUGACAAGAAGACGCUAAGGUACCCUCUGAUAGGGACAUUAUGGUCCCACCUCUCAGGGGUCAUUAAGGUCACCCCUGACAAAAUCACUAAGGUCACACCUGACAGGAGCAUUAGGGUCACCCCUGAAAGAGACGCUAACGUCACCCUUGAGAGGGACACAAAGGUCACCCCUAACAGAGACAGAAAAGUCGCCCCUGACAGGGACAAGAAGGUCACCCCUGACAUGAACGCAAAAGUCACCCCCAACACGGACAAUAAGGUCACCUCUGACAGGGACACAAAAGUCACACUUGACAGGGACACUAAGGUCACCCCUGACAGGAACACAAACGUCACCCCUGACAGGGACACUAAGGUCACCCCUGACAAGGACAUUAAGGUUACCCUUGACAGGGACAAUGAGGUCUUCCCUGGGAGGAACGCUAAGGUCACCCCUGACAGGGACACUAAGGUCACCCCUGACAGGGACAUUAAGGUCACCCCUGACAGGGACACUAAGGUCACCCCUGACAGGGACAUUAAGGU